CGCUACAGCACGCAGAGUGGGACGAAAUGUAACAAAACACACGACAACGUUGUACCUGUUUAAAGGAGCCGUCGUGGUGCCACCAACCAAAUAACCUAUUAUUCAAAGUAAAAUCUUCAUCGCUUUGAUCUUUAACGGGAAAUAUUUAAAGUGGUUUCAUAAAAAGGGAACUGAGAAAGGAUUUGACAAGUGGAGACUAUACGUUUGUGGGACUCUGGCAGCGUUUACUCGGCAAAGAUGUUAACAAGAUGAGAAAAACAAUAGCUGUAAAUUAAGAGCAGCUGCUCAAGACGUCUAUAGAAGUGGUCAAUCAGACGAGAAUGGCUUGAUUUUGUUUGUGUGAACAAUGAGCAGCUUUUGACAGCAGCACUCAUGCUUCAGGGAAAGAAAAAGAAAGUUUGCGGCGUCUGAUUUUGAUAUUACAUUCUGAGACUCGUUUUGUUGUGUAUAUUGUUAUUAGUCGGCAAGUCCACCUGUUUGGUUUGGCAUAUUCACCAUGGCCAAAGUGAUCCAAAAGAAGAAUCACUGGACCACCAAAGUUAACGAGUGCGCGGUUCUCAAAGACGCUCCGGGUGACUUGAAUGUGCCAUUGCUGGGCGGUGCAGAGAACGGAGAGUUCGCCUACAUCGGACAAGUUAACGAGGAUAUCGUUAUUUACAAAAAUGGAAAAUUAACAGAGGGGGAGUUGAUAUUGGAAGUAGAGAACCUAUCGAUCUCUGGAUUGCCUCUGUAUGAUGUACAGACAGUGAUAAAUAAUUGCAAGGGUCCCAUCAGAUUGAAAACAGUCAGACAAGGAACCAAGCUAAAUAAGGACCUGAAGCACUAUCUGAGCCAGCGCUUCCAGAAGUCCUCCCAGGACCACGAACUGCAGCAGACCAUUCGAGACAACCUCUACCGCCAUGCAGUGCCUUGUACAACCCGCCCCCCACGUGACGGAGAGGUCCCUGGAAUAGAUUACAACUUCCUGCCUGUGGAGGACUUUCUGGCUUUGGAGCAGAGCGGGACCCUUCUGGAAAUAGGAGCAUAUGAAGGUAACUAUUAUGGAACACCCAAGCCGCCAAGGCAGCCCCCUAGUGGGAAAGUGAUUACCAGUGAUGCUUUGAAAGACAGCCUCCCGGGCUCCCAGCACUCCACUCCCCGACGCACCAAGUCCUACAAUGAGAUGCAAAAUGCUGGAAUAGUGCCUGUAGACCUGGAGGAGGACGAGGAACUGCCGGAGAUGAACAGUAGCUUAACAGAUAAUACAUAUUGUUCUAGAAAUACUAGGCUCGUGAACACAGGAGACUCGAGUGAACCUGACGAGCAUCCCUACGCCCCGCGUGAGAACGCCCCGUCCUAUGGUGUGAACAACACAUUGUCAUCCACCACGGAGGACUCUCAGCAGACACACACACACCUCAGCCAUCCUCCCACAGAAGAGGACCCCCUGGGACCUCUAACUGAUAACUGGGAGAUGGCCUACACCGAGAACGGAGAGCUCUACUUUAUAGACCACAACACAAAAACCACUUCCUGGAUCGACCCACGCUGCCUGGACAAGCCUCCCAAACCCCUGGAAGAAUGUGAAGAUGAUGAAGGGGUACACACAGAAGAGCUGGACAGUGAGCUAGAGCUGCCAACAGGCUGGGAGAAAAUACAUGACCCAGUCUAUGGUGUUUACUAUGUGGAUCACAUUAACAGGAAGACCCAGUAUGAGAACCCUAUAGUAGAGGCUAAGCGGCGGAAGCAGCUCGAGCAACAGCAGCCACCAGAAGGUGAGCGCUACAUCCGAGAAUGGAUAGAGGACGCCACCCUGGCUGGUGCCCCGCUGGCCAGCUAUACCGCCAACCACCAGGAGACCUACAGGGAUCCCCAGGCUGGACCCCCACUGCCGCCCCUCAUCGGGCCCAAACGAGGGAAGCCCUUCUUCACACGGAACCCAGCAGAGCUAAAGGGAACCUUCAUCAACACCAAACUGAGGAAGAGCCACCGAGGGUUCGGCUUCACCGUUGUCGGGGGCGACGAGCCUGAUGAGUUCCUUCAGAUCAAGAGUCUGGUUCUGGACGGGCCUGCUGCCCUCGACGGCAAGAUGGAGACAGGUGACGUGAUCGUGAGUGUCAAUGACACAUGCGUGCUAGGCUACACCCAUGCCCAGGUGGUGAAGGUCUUCCAGUCCAUCCAUAUUGGCUCCAUGGUCAACCUGGAGCUGUGCCGCGGCUACCCCCUUCCUUUUGACCCCGACGACCCCAACACCAGCAUGGUGACCUCCGUGGCCAUCGUGGACAAGGAGCCCAUCAUCGUCAAUGGCCAGGAUAGCUACGACUCCCCGUCCAGCCACGGCAGCCAUACUGGGGGCCCCGUUAAUGGCAUGAGGGAGUCGAGACCACACAGUCCCUCCUCCGCCGAGGUGGCGUCCAAUAGCUCGCACGGUUACCUCAGCGACUCUGUGACGCUGGCGUCAUCCAUAGCGACGCAGCCGGAGCUGAUCACAGUGCACAUGGAGAAGGGAGACAAAGGCUUUGGGUUCACCAUCGCAGACAGCCCUGCAGGGGGAGGACAGAGGGUCAAACAGAUAGUGGACUACCCCCGCUGCAGGGGCCUGAAGGAGGGGGACAUUAUCGUGGAGGUGAACAAGAGGAACGUCCAGAGCAUGAGCCACAACCAAGUGGUGGACCUGCUCAGCAAGUGCCCCAAAGGAAGUGAGGUCAGCAUGCUGGUGCAGAGAGGCGGAGGGGUGGUACCUGCAAAGAAGAGUCCAAGGCUGCAGUUAGCGAGGAAGGACAGUCAGAACAGUUCUGUAUCCAGCCACCGGAGUACCCACACUAACUCCCCUGUGCACACGUCCCUGGCCCCCCCUCUCAGCAAGAGUACCGCCCCCCCACCCCCUUCCCAGCCCCUGCCCGGCCUGCCUCCCCAGGACCCGCAGGCAGACGGGACCAUUCACAGGAAACCGGACCCCUUCAAGAUCUGGGCCCAGUCCAGGAGCAUGUAUGAAAGUAGGCUGCCUGACUUCCAGGAGCAGGACAUCUUCCUGUGGAGAAAGGACACGGGCUACGGGUUCAGGAUCCUGGGAGGGAACGAGCCAGGAGAACCGAUCUACAUAGGUCACAUAGUGAAGUAUGGGGCGGCGGAUGAGGAUGGACGCCUGCGUUCAGGGGAUGAGCUCAUCUGUGUGGACGGUACGGCAGUGAUGGGCAAGUCUCACCAGCUGGUGGUACAGCUGAUGCAGCAGGCCGCCAAGCAGGGUCACGUCAACCUCACCGUGCGACGCAAGACCGGUUACGGAGUGUCUAAAGGGGAGGGUGAGGUGCCCCCGUCCCCAGCCUCGUCACACCACAGCAGCACCCAGGCCCCCUCCUUGACUGAGGGGAAGCGGACCCCCCAGGGCAGUCAGAACUCCCUCAACACGGUCAGCUCUGGCAGCGGCUCCGGCAGCGGCUCCACCAGCGGCAUCGGCAGCGGGGGCGGCGGAGGCUCAGGCAGUGCUGUGGUCAACACCACCCUGCAGCCCUACGACGUGGAGAUCCACCGCGGGGAGAACGAGGGCUUUGGAUUCGUCAUCGUCUCCUCCGUGUCCCGACCCGAGUCUGGCACCACCUUUGCUGGAAAUGCAUGUGUGGCCAUGCCCCACAAAAUAGGGCGUAUUAUCGAGGGGAGCCCUGCAGACCGCUGUGGGAAGCUGAAGGUGGGAGACCGUAUCCUGGCUGUCAAUGGCUGCUCUAUCACCAACAAGUCCCACUCGGACAUCGUCAACCUGAUCAAGGAGGCCGGGAACACUGUCACGCUAAGGAUCAUUCCCGGAGACGACUCCUCUAAUGCAUCACUACUGACCAACGCUGAGAAGAUCGCCACUAUAACAACCACUCACACGCCCCAGCAACAGGCUGCACCUGAACCCAGAAACAACACCAAACCAAAACAGGAGUCCUCUUUUGAGUUCAAAUCCCCCCAGGCCCCUCCUCCCCCCGCCCCAACAACACAACCUCCAGCCCAGGAUGCUGCGUUCUACUCAGUGGACUUGGAGAGGGAGAACAAAGGUUUUGGGUUCAGCCUGCGAGGAGGUCACGAGUACAACAUGGACCUGUACGUGCUGAGGCUAGCCGAGGACGGAGCGGCCGUACGCAACGGCAACAUGAGCGUGGGAGAUGAGAUCCUGGAGAUCAACGGUGAGAGCACCAAGGGCAUGAAGCACGCCCGAGCCAUUGAACUGAUAAAAGAUGGUGGCCGCCACGCCCACCUGGUCCUCAAGAGGGGUGACGGCUCGGUGCCUGAAUAUGGUGGGUCAAUCUACGAAAACAUUCCCUUUUCCCCUGUCUUCACCCCCUGAGCACAAUGGGGAGAGGGACAGGGUGGGGUGCGAGAGGAACCCUGUCUCCUGUCCUGCUCUGUCCUGCGCUCCGGGCUCGGGACCUUCCACUGACUGCCACUGUCCACUGGGUGCGUCUGGUUCUACUCUGGGUGCUCUCUUCGGGUCUGGGUCAACUGCUGUCACCUGCUGUCACCUUUUAUCCUUGUGCUGUGUGUCACUGAGUGGGGCGUGGCUUAGGGAGCAGGGCAUUCUGGGAUUCCCCAAGAAUGAAAAGGGUCUACGGACCCAUUGAUAAAAUAAAAACAAUGAAAGAACUGCGAGGAGAGGGAUAAAAUCUUAUCUUAAAGAUUUAGUGUUUCUAAAUGUGGAUAUGUUUAUUGAUUCUCAGAGUCCUUGCUGAAUGAUAUUUUUUGGGUUGAAAAAAAAUAAAAACUGGGAAAUGCUCUCUGGUUGUAUUGCAUCUCCAAGCUUUGAUAUGACAUUAUCAAUAUAUUUAUAAUAUUUAUUGAUGGUGAAUGUAAGCUUCUGAGUUUAGGACUUCAGUUGAGAAAUUAGAGCAUUCUAAUACUUUCUACCAUUUCAAUGGGAAAUUCACAAUAAUUUGUUUGACAUAUUCAAAAAUCCACAUAUUUAUUCUCAUCUACUGUAACUGUCAUUGGGAAGCUGUGAUUCUGGAGACUGCACUCAUUCCUGACAAUUCAAUUCCAUUCAGCUCCACUUCUACAGAAAUGUUUGUAAAUGUACAGAGCCAUGAUCAUGAUCAACCCACAUAUUAAUCUAGAAAGUAUAUGGCUGCAUGAAGUUGUCAGUGUAAAUCCAAAUGUUUUUUUCUGAAUCUUUUGUCGAUUUUCCAUAAUAUUUAUGGAAUAUUUCAUUUUAAUUGUAUUGAUCUGUUGAUUGAUUGUCACAAUUCAUCUUAAUGCAUUCUUGAUUUCUAUUCAUGUGAUUUUUUGAGCUGAGAAUAUCUUAUGUCUUUCCUGCACCAAUAUGACAUCUCUGUGAGGUUGUAUAUUUUUUUACUAUUUUUCGUACUUUUAGUUUCCACCAUUUGACAUUUCAUUUCUGUUAGCAAUGUAAACUGCUUCAUACGGUG